CUGAAAAUUCUGAAAUCCAGUGAAUUGAAUUCUGAAUUGUGCUGAAACCGGAAGCAGAUUGAUGAAAUCUGAACAGAGUUUCAGAAUUUAAUUUCAAUAUUCUACGGCACAGUGCUAACACGGAUCAAUUGUUAAGUUUUUAAAUCCGUAUCAAUACUACAAUUCACCAUAAAUUACAAAACUUUGUGUGUUGAUAGUUGAUAUAUCGAGGACCUUCCUACCUUCCUCAGUCUUCACUAUUCUUUCUCGCAAAAACUUCGAAGCUCCACUCUGUUUUUUUGAAGAAGCAGAUCAUGGAUCCCUGGAAUCCAACACCAGAAUAUUGGGAAGCCAACGAAAGCGAAUGCCUCAGUCGCCUGAAGGAUGCUUGGGAUGAGAUACCUGUUGUAAACUACAUGCCUGAUAACCUAUUGGUAAACAAACAGCUUGUACGCUUUCGAGGAAUGAUUCAAGAUAUGUUCAGUCCAGUUUACUAUAUGCAGCAGUAUGAAGUUGUCAAUGUGAACUCAUCAGAAUCAUCCGUUCGGUCUGGAAAAUUUCAAGAUUCUCUGCUCUGCACCGAUGAUGAAGAGGUUGUAUUUGACUCUGUCAAGCGAGUGAAUGGGGAAAGGAGACCAAUGUACUGUGUCUCAAUUCCAUGUCUCAAUUCGUGGGCCGAUGAAGAAUGUAAAAAGAUAUUCUCCAGAUUAAACAAAUCUAACGAUAAAGUAGAAAAUUCAACCUCUGGAAAACGUAGCGCUGAAGAUGUUGAAAUGGAUGUUGACUCCAGUGGUCCAAAUGAUUUAAAUUCAACUUCCGAAACCAAGCGGCACUGUGUCGGAACUACUGGAACCGCACCUGUACCCAAAUCAGGCGAGAGCUCAACUACCACAAAACUGGAGGCGGAUCUGAACUUCCCAGUCUCCAAUCCGAAGGGAAAAGCAUGCAUCUUAAAUUUCUAUGAUAGCAUGGAUGAGGAUGUCAAACUCAACUCAAUUGUAGAAGUAGUUGGCUUUUUAGCUAACGACCCAUUCCAGGCGCCUGUGGAGGAUGGAGGAGAUUUUGAGAUGGACGAUGGUGUCUCCAAGUUGCCGCCAUCACUAGUUCCACGGAUCCAUGUUGUGGGUGUCAAGCAUCUGGAUGGUUCUUACAUUGUUCCAGCAAUUCCUGCAAUGUUUGCAGAUAAAACAGCCGCAGACAUUAAACGAUUAAGAAAUGAAUUGAAGUUUGUCCUAACACAACUCAUGCUUGGAGACAGCUUAGCAGCUGAGUAUCUGAUAUUCAAUAUAAUUUCUAAAGUAUUUCUACGCCAAGAUCUCACAGUUUUAGGGGAUUUUUCUCUUAACAUCACCAAUCUUCCCCUUCAGAGCUGCCCCUCUUAUCCAAACUUGGUCUACGAAGUAUUGGCAUUACUGUUGCUACAAAGCCACUACUUUCAAAUGUCCAUUUCAUCCAUGAACAAUACAAAAAUGAUUCCCAAGAAAGAUUAUCAAACAAAUAGGCUUGUCAGUGGAAUGCUUCAGUUACCUGCAGGGACUCAUCUUGUUCUAGAUGAAACAAAGUUCGAGGCUGGUAUGCUUAGAGAUCAAGGUGUUCACAAUGCCAAGGCUCUAUCUACGAUUAUAAAAAAUCAGAAAAUGGAUUACAACUUUCAAUAUUACAAUUUAGGUAUCGAUACUGAUGUUCCUGUUAUUAUUUUCUCUGAGGCCAAAUCUAUGUUGACAUGUAAAUACCAAGUGAAAUUAGAGCCUGAUCCCUCAUCUGUAGCUGUCGUUGAAGAGAUGAUGCUCUCGCUCAAAAACUACCUGAAGCAACACGUCGAUGAAUUACGCGCAUUUAUCCUGUCGAUCAAGUCGAAAGAGUACCAAUUGUCCGCUGAGAUGAGCAAAACGAUCGAGAGUGAUUUCGUUCAAAUGCGUCAAAGACCAGGCGCAAAGGUUUCCCCAGAUGACUUGCACUCAUUGCUAGUUGUAGGCCGGCUGUACGCGAUCAGCCAUGGCCUUGAUUCCCUAGACCCUCAGUCUUGGUCGGAAGUCCUACAGCUGGAGGAGCAACGUAAAGCGAGGUUGAAUUCUUCUGCACGGUGAUCACUAAUGUCCUUCUGGUGGAGUGUUAUCACUCUUAAUUAGUGGAUAAUGUUCUUUUAGAUCUUUACUUUAUCACUCUGCCAUUUCCGUUAGCUCUGGAUGAAUCACUUGAAGUGACAGUUUGAACAUAAUAAAUCGAGGCUGUCUGGUGUAAGAUUUUAGGAUUAUGCAAUAUCAUGCAUGGGAAAAAAUGAACAAAGGUAUUCAUUUACGUAAUAAAAAAAUAGGCUAACAAAAAGAGGAAGGGUUUCUCUAAAAAAGGUCAAACAUUCCUCUGAAGCAGGACGUUUUAAGCUUUUUUUCCUGGCACUUUUUGUCCCCAGAGAAUUGUAAAUUUUUUAAAAAUUUCCUAUGUCCUUUUAAAAUUUUUCUCCAUGUUCCCCUAUUAAUUUGCUGUCAGAGAAGCGUUAAUUUUAACCACUCCAAAUUAUACUUUCAUGAUGUCACACACAUGAAACAAAUAGUGGUAUGAAAACUGUUUUCUUUUUUUACCAAAAAAUCUCAUUUUUUAUGUUCAUGUCAAUCAAAGCUGCACUCAAAGUUACAACCCGUACAAAUAUGUUUAAGUCUUCGAUUUUGUGAUAUCUUUAGUAUUUUAAUUAUUUCAAUUGAUUUGAGUUUAAGUUUUUUAAUAAAAAUGCUGUGUCCUUAA